AUGAGACGGAGUGUGUACAACUAUUACGCUCUAACUAAGUAUUUCGAUUCAGCACCGGAGAACGAGCAGCCUGUAUGGAAAUGCAUCACACCUGAUGAUUGGACUUUAAUUACAGAGAUGGAAGGGUUAACUGACCAACUUGCUCAAUUCUCUCUUGGAGAAGUUCAAAAGUUGAGUGCCUACAACUUGAGCGUCCCGAACGAAGAGGAACUGAAUACUCCCAACGACGUUUUGGGAAAAAUGUAA